UAAUAAUGUCUAUGACUUCUAGCUUUGAAGUUGAAAUGAACAAUCUGAGCGGAGCUGCUCUAGAUAAUAAAGGCAAAGGUCUCUUAGACAAAGAAGUCCAUAAUGGUGAAAUAUCAGCAAAGUCUGAAGAUGACAUUUCCUAUAUGGAAGCGACCAAGAACUACAUCUGGCUUGCCAUUCCUUCCAUUGCAGGAAUGUUACUUAGGAGAAGUCUUGACAUAGUUAAUUAUGCAGUCAUUGGCCAAAUGGGUGAUGCAACAUAUGCAUCGGGUCUUGGAUUAGGCAUGAUGACUAUAAAUAUGGUUGCUAUAUGCCUAGGAAAUGGCUUAUCAGGAGGCAUAGAAACCUUAUGCUCACAAGCAUUUGGGAGAAAUGAUAACUACCAGGCUGGGCAGUACUAUAAAAGAGCUCAGGUGAUUUUGACAGCUUUGUUCAUCCCACAAGCUAUUUUAUUGUACUUUGCUACACCCCUACUAAUGGCAAGUGGUCAGCCUGAAAGAUCCUCCCAAAUUGCAGGAGAGUACAUUUUAAUAUGCCUCCCAGGGAUUUGGUGCUAUUGCCAAACUGAAUUACUGAGAAGAUUCCUUGGUGCUCAGAAGGUCUUCAACGUAAUGAUGAACUCUCAGAUUAUCAAUGUGUUCCUUCAUUUCGUUUGGGUGUUUAUCUUCGUGUACAUUCUUGAUUUCUCAUACAAAGGGGUGUACUAUGCCAGCUUGCUCACCUACAUCCUUAAUUUGGCUUUGCCAAUUUUGUACAUAAAUUAUAGCCCAUCUUGAAUUAGGGAAAACUGAUGGCAUUCGUUCAGUUCAGAAUCAUUCAAAAAUCUUGGAGAGUACUUAAAGUACGGGAUUCCUUCAAUGAUAAUGCUCCUAUUCGAAUGCUGGGCCUUUGAACUCCUCAUUUUCAUGGUUGGAAUAAUCGGAGAAAAAGAACUCGGAGUUUUCGUCAUCUGAUUUAAUAUUGUGAUGUACGUAUUCAUGAUUCCAAUGGGGUGUUCAUUUGCUGCAAAUGCAUGAAUUGGAAACAGUCUUGGAGCGUCCAAGCCUAAGACAGCCAGGAUAUACUCUAAUGUCUGUGUAGCCUCAGCAGUUGUGCUGUCAUGAAUCCUCGGAGGAUGUCAAUUCUUGCUGAAAGAUAUAAUGGCAGAUAUUUUUAUUGAGGAUGAAAUGCACGACUUGUUCACAUAUACAAUUACUAUGAUGGUAAUUUUAUCCUUCUGCCAAUACUUACAGAAUAUCUGUCAAGGAAUGAUCAAGGCAAUGGGCUAUCAGAAAUAUGGAACAAUUAUAUGCUUGAUUGGAUAUUGGGGCGUCUGAAUCCCUUUGACUUACCUCUUCACGUUUGUAUGGAAACUUGAAAUGACAGGUGUUCUCUUAGGAGCACCAAUAGGGCUCUUCGCUAUUGCCUCUGGAUACAUCUUUUGCAUUUACGCUACUGAUUUCAACAAAUUAUCAAAUGAAAUUGUUCAGAGACUUCAGAAAGGUACUGAAGGAAAAACCUAGAUUCAUGUCGGAAAGGUGUCGAAAGUAAAAUUUACUGCUGU